CGCAACAAAAGACAAUUGAUGAUCUAAUCUUCCAGAAAUCACAGCUGGAGCAUGAUGUUAAUCAAUACUGCACCAAGUUGGAAAUAGCAGCAAAAGACAAAGCUGCCAGUGAGCAAGAGUUAGGUCACGCAAAACAGUCAAUUGAGCAGGCUGAGGCCAAGUGGUCUUUGGCUCAGAGGAAACUAGAGGACCUCUUAAAGAAAACUAAUGAUGGCCAAGAUCUUGUUCAGAGCCCCAAACAUCACAGAAAGAUAAUUGUGGAGGAAGUGACAGAGGGAAAGGUGCGAAGGGUCCAGGCUAAAGGAAGUGAUCUGGCUCAGAAGCUUUCUGCAUUAAACUGUCAUCCGACAGUUGACGGUGAACCCGAGCUGUCUGCAGAAAGAGAGAACGAGCGCAUGAUGGCGGACAUCCUACAGCAGAAAGUAGAGGAACUCGUCCUAAUCCAGAAAAGAGCAGAAGUGGCUGAGGAGAAAGCACAAAGCUACAGAAAGCUGUUGGAUGACAGCAAUAACAGACUGAAGAAACUUCAGAUGGACAUGGAAACUGAAAGAAACAACAUGAGACAGAAAUCAGAGGAUCUCCAGCAAGAAGCAUUGAACUUGACUAAAUCCAUCAAUGAACUUCAAGAGGAAAUACGAUCUCUCCAAAGAGCAAAAUCCUCAUUGGAGCAAAAUGCCUUUUUCCAAAAGACAGAAAUUGAAGGUCUUAAAGAGCAGCUGAAGAUCACCCAGGGAGAACUGCAAAAGAAAAACUCCAUGGAGCAGGAAAAUACUCACAAGAUUCACAACUUAGAGGAAGAGCUAGCUUCCAAGCAGGCAGUGGUAGAUCAGCUGAAGUUUAAGUGCAAUGAGCUGACGAGGAUAAAUGUCUCGUCUGACAGUGAUAUUAGAGGUCUUCAGAUCCAGGCAGAGUCUUUGGAAAAAGACAGAUCGUUUUCUGAACAAAAAAUCAAGUCUUUAAAGAGUGAGAUUGAGAGCUGGAAACAGCAGCUUCAAACAGCUAACGAGGAAAGCAACUUCAUAAAGAGAUCUGAGCAGGCGUCGCAGCUUCAGUGUAAAAGCCUGGAAGCCAAACUGCAAAAAAGUGAAUUGGUUGCUUCGCAGUUGCAGAAAAGAGUAGAUGAGUUAAAUCAAACCAAUACGGAGAUGGAAAAGAAUCUGAAGAAUGUUAAAUCUAAACUCGAUCAGGUGACGGUGGAAAUUGGCAGCAAGGAUCAGCAAAUUAAAAUCUUUAAGUUUCAGGCAGAGGGCACUAAAUCACAGGUCAAAAUUGUAGAGGAGGAGCUAAAUAAGAAAUCUCAGACUUCCCAUGAGCUUCAAAUGAAACUGCAGGAUUACAGUGAGGAGAUUAGGAAAAUGACUGAACUGCAGCAGAAAAUCAUAAUACUCAAUUCAAAAAUUGACAAUUAUGAAAAAGAAAUAACAGCUCUGAAAUCAGAGCUGAAGUCGGUGGUUGCUGAGCGGAAUUCUGCAAAUCACAAAAUCAACAUGCAAAACACUGAAGUUAAUGAUUUGAACAUGUUGCUGAAGACAAGAAAUGCAGAACUGCAAAAAGAAACUGCAGAGAGUCUAAAACAUCUCAGUAAAGUUAAAGCAUUAGAAGACGAGCUUUACAAACAUAAGCACAACAUAAUGACUAGCAGCUCAGAGAGCAUGACAGGCACCCUAAAGCAGGAGAUAUUUGCACUUCAGAACGACAAGAGAGCAGCAGAUAAGACAGUAGAGAGCUUGAAUGCUAAACUCGCAGAGGUAAACUCUUCCCUGCAGAGAUCUAAAGAUGAAUUGUUAAAAGAGACCAGAGAAAGAAAAGCCAAAGAAUCCAAAAUAUUGCAGUUGGAGACUGAGCUUCAGAGAAAUAAAGCAGCAGUGCAAGAAGCGACGUCUAGUUCUGAUGCUGUUCAGAGCGACAAGAGAGCAACAGACAAGAAGGUAGAGAGCUUGAAUGCUAAACUCUCAGAGCUCAACACUUCCUUACAGAGAACUAAAGAUGAACUGUCGAAAGAGACCAGAGAAAGAAAAGCCAAGGAAUCCAAAAUAUUGCAGAUGGAGACUGAGCUUCAGAAAAAUAAAGUAGCAAUAAAAGAAGCAAUUUCAAGUUCUGACAAAUCACGAUCAAAUCUCCAACAUGAAAAUACAAUUCUUAAGAGGGAGAAAGCUGAGGCACUUGAGAAAACCAUCUCAUUGGGAUCUGAAGUCAGAACACUGAAAGAAAAGCUGCAUCGUAGUCAAAUCGAAGCUGAUCAGAAGCAAAAAGAAAACUCUGUCCUCCAGCAGAGGGCCAAGCAGAUGGAAGAACAACUUGAGAAGUGCAAGAAAAUGCUAGAGGAGCUGAAAAGUAAACUAGAACUUCAGAAAGAGGGCUAUGAGAGGCAGUUGUUGCUAAUGCAGACUGAAAUAGAGAAAAAGCUUGUUUUACUUCAGUCUGAAUUGGCAAGUGAAAGUGGCAAGUCAAGCCAGCUGCCACAUAGUGUAGAGUUAGCAGAGAUACUUAACAAGUACUUCAAACAAGACAUCAAACAGAUAAAAACAGUGCAUCACACCAUUGUGGAGACAAAGCAACAACCAGACCAACAACUGCAGAUCAAACUGGACAAACUGCAGCAAGAAAGAACAAAACUCGAACACGACCUCAUAAAGGCAAAAUCACAAAUUUCCCAGCUUGAGGAAGAUAGAAUUAAACUCAACACAAAAGUCAGCUCUUUACAAAGCCUUUGCAAUGAACAUCCAAACGAGUCAGCUAGGUUGACAGAUAGUGAGUGGAGACUGACACUGAAGGAAAAUGAAGCAAGAGCCCUCCGGGAGCAAAUCGAGUCAUAUGUCAAAGAGGUGAAAAGUCUUCAGGAGAAGCUCUUGACGCUCGGAGUCAGGAUGAAGACUGAAAAUCAGAACAUAAACAAACAGGAAGUCAUUGAAACCAUUUGUCACUAUGUGGAUGACAACGUGACGGCUACGCUGAAGACGGACCCUACAGUGAGGCUGAAGGCGGCGCCGUCGUAUGAGAGGACAAAAUACAACCUGGAGGAUGAGAUUCUCAAAAUGAAAGUUUCCUCAGAGAUGGCAGCAAUGGAGAAAGAAAACACUGGACUGAAACAAGUCAAACAAGAAAAAAUGGAAGUCGCUCACAGCCAAAGCCUCCAUGAUUCACCAACAAAGAAAACCUUGAAUAGCUCUGGUAAUCAAACUCCUAGUCUCCUACCAAAAGACAUGCAGAGUGUGACCUAUAAAAGCCAAAUCAAACCUGGCGAGCCCAUGACCAUGACCACACAUGGAUACAUGUCUCUGUGUGGACUAACAGACCAAUGGCCAAGUGAAAUGUGUAGCAUCACUCAGACAAGAACGUAUCAGAUCAAAGAAAUAUCUGAAACUGUGAGCACUUCAGACAGUGAGGGAAAAGUGAACGCUAUAUAUUCAACUUCCCAAAAGAUCCCAGAUCUCAAAGGCAGCACAAGUAUUCAAAGCUUUAUCAAGUUUAAGCUCUUGGAUGAAGAGGUUUGGCGUAAGUUUGAGGAGGGUCACGUCACGAUGGAAGAGGUGCAAACAUUGCUCGCUCAGUAUGCUGGCGAACCAACCGCUAUAGCUGGCAUUUAUGUGGAGUCAAGUAAGAAGAAGAUAUCCUUCCUAGAAGCUGCUGAGAAGGGCUUCUUAGCAAAGACAUAUGCUCUUGAAUUCCUGGAGGCUCAGGCUGCAACAGGAAGCCUUACAGAUCUGUCCACAGGACAAACACACUCAGUUGCUGAGGCUCUGGAGAGAGGUAUUAUCGAGCCAGGCCAGAAAGACAAACUGAUCGAGGCUCAGAAAGCUGUUAGUGGCUACCUCCAUGGUGGCAAAAAGCUGUCUGUGUUUCAGGCAAUGGAGGAAAGGAUUCUUGAUAGGUACAAAGGCAAGAAGAUCCUUGAGAUCCAGGUUGCCACCGGAGGAAUCAUCAACCCAGAGACUGGUGUCAGGGUGCCAACUAGCAUCGCUGUUGAUCAGGGUCUUUUGAACAAGGAGACGCUGCAGAGUCUGUACGAUCCAGUUGGUAACCCCAAAGGCUUCCACAACCCUGACAGCGGACAGAAAGCCUACUACUCUGAAAUACUGAAGACAUGCCUUUAUGACAUCGAUGGUGGUGUAUAUCUCUUCCCAGUUGGUGAGAAACAUCUAACAAACACCUCUCCCACAAGUUCUCACAGAGUGUCUGUUGUCAGCAGCAGCAGUGGCAUUGAAAUGUCGGCGUACGAAGCCUUCAAGGGGAGACACAUUGACAAGAGGACGUACCUGUUUCUGUCUCAGCAGGAAAGUGAAUGGGAGGAAAAGUCCACCGUUGACGACAGUGGAAACACACUUCACAUCAUUUCUGAUGUCAAAAGUGGCCGACAGCUUUGUUUAGAGUCUGCUCUGAGUCAGAGGUUUCUUGAGCUGUCUGAGCUUGAAAGCUAUGGCAAUGGGGAUCUCUGCAUCUAUGAGAUUGCAGACAUCAUAUUUUCAAGAAUGGUUGUUGUGGAUGAUAUCAACAGCCCCAUUGCUGGUCUCUGGGACGUCACCCAGAGGAAGAGGCUCUCAGUUCUUCAGGGUUUUCAACAGGGUUUUACCGAUAGAAUCUCUGCCUUACGGUUGUUGGAGGCCCAGGCCUGCACUGGAGGAAUUUGCGACCCCUCUUCAGGAGAGAAAGUUACUCUUUCUGAGGCUGUAAAAAGAGGCCUUUUAGACGAGGCGUUGAAUCAGCAGCUCCAGCAGUUUGAGCAGGUGUUUAAUGGCAUCGUUCACCCCAAAACUUCAAAGACUUUAUCUAUCUCCCAGGCUAUUCAGGAAAAUCUCCUCCCCAAAGAUGUCGGCUUCCGCUGCAUUGAAUUCCAGCUCCUGACUGGAGGAUUGAUAAGCCCCGACACUCAUGAAAGAGUAUCCCUUGAAGAAGUCAUUCAGAGCGGCCUUGUUGACAAAGUUACGGCAACUGCGCUCAAAGACGAGAGGUUUCACACCAAAAGCCUCAGCUGUCCAAAAACCAAGAGAAGAAUCACAUUCAGGGAGGCACUUGAAAGAAGCGUGUACGACUGCCACACGGGGUUAAGGUUACUGGAGGCGACAAAAGUUCAUGGUUUGGGGGCAAAAUCUACAUUUCAUUAUGUUUGGGCGUAUAAAUAAGAAGCAUUUGUAAAUAUAUGUUUGUACAUAGCAUAAAAGAAAGAGCUGCAAAUACAGUUUCUGUGUUUUUUAUUUGGCUGUAAAGAUACAAUAACUUAACCAUUUAAAAUCUGGAUUGACAUCAGUUAUCUUGUGCUGCAUGCAGACACCUUUCACAAGCAUUUAAAUCAAACUGGUUUGAUUUCUGUUGCAAACAUAGGAAAAAAGGCAAUGUAAUGUAUGUGAAAUUAUCUGAAUUUUGGAGAUGGACAGAGAGGAUUGUAAGACUUUUUUUUAAAACCUAGGAAGAAAUGUCCAUACAACUAUAUUUAUAAUUAUGUAAUUA